UAUGCUGUACACUCAAACCUUAAUUUAAAUUAAACUAAUGGCUACAGACAAACAACAGAAUUGAAUUACUCUUGUCUCUCAAAACUCAAAAGAUAAGACGCCAAAUACAAGGACAGCACUGCACUGCACUGCAUUGCAUGCAUUAUUGUUUUGCUUUGUCUAGCUUCAUUUAAAACACUGUUAAUUUCCUUCACCGGGUAGAUUAGAUUUGUUGCUUUUGAGGUAUAGGAAGGCCAUGGGGAAAAUAAGCUCUUUUGAUUGCAGAUCAUCUGAAUAUGUGGGGGUGGUGAGGCUAUUACAAUAAUCAACCAAUGGGAUUUACCUUCUCCCUCUUUUUGUUUUUGGCUUCUUUCCCUGUGAUUUUGGCUCAAGAAGGAACACGUGCUACAAUUUCAAUUGAUGGAACUAUUGCGGUUGCUGUAAUCGAUGAUAAUUUUAUUUGUGCUACUCUUGAUUGGUGGCCGCAUGAUAAGUGUAACUACAACCAGUGUCCAUGGGGCUAUUCAUCCGUAACAAACUUGGACUUAUCUCAUCCUCUUCUUGCCAAAGCCAUCCAAGCCUUCAGGAAUUUGAGAAUAAGAAUUGGAGGUUCUUUGCAAGACCAAGUAUUGUAUGAUGUUGAAAGUUUGAAAGCUCCUUGCCAUCCAUUUAGAAAGAUGAAAGGUGGGCUCUUUGGUUUUUCAAAGGGCUGUUUACAUAUGAACCGGUGGGAUGAACUGAACCAUUUAUUCAGUAGAACUGGGGCCAUUGUGACAUUUGGUUUGAAUGCCCUCUAUGGAAGGCACCAGAUUAGGAAGGGUGUUUGGGGAGGAGCUUGGGAUUCUAGUAAUGCUUGUGAUUUCAUGAACUACACUGUCUUGAAAGGAUACAAGAUAGAUUCGUGGGAAUAUGGUAAUGAGUUGAGUGGAAGUGGUGUAAGUGCAAGUGUAAGUGCUGAGCUUUAUGGAAAAGAUUUGAUCAAACUUAAAAGUGUUGUCAACAAUUUGUAUAAAAACUCUGAUCUGAAACCUUCACUAGUAGCACCGGGAGGAUUUUUUGACAAGCAGUGGUAUGCUAAGCUUCUUCAGGUUACAGGUUCAGGCAUAGUCAACUUUGUAACUCAUCAUGUAUACAACUUGGGGGCAGGCAUGGAUCCCAACCUUGUGAAUAAGAUAUUGGAUCCCCAUUAUUUGAGCAAGGUAUCAGAAACCUUCAGUAAUCUUUCACAAACGAUUCAACAGAAUGGUCCUUGGGCUUCUCCUUGGGUUGGGGAAUCUGGUGGGGCCUAUAACAGUGGUGGUCGUCAUGUUUCUGAUACAUUUGUGAACAGUUUCUGGUACUUAGAUCAGCUUGGAAUGGCAUCCAGGUAUAAUACUAAAGUAUACUGCAGGCAGACACUAGUUGGUGGCAACUAUGGUCUCCUCAACACAACCACACUUGUUCCCAAUCCUGACUACUACAGCGCCCUUCUAUGGCAUCGACUAAUGGGAAAAGGUGUUCUAGCUGUCGGAAGCAAUGCUUCGCCAUUUCUACGCUCUUAUGCCCAUUGUUCGAAAGGAAGAGCAGGUAUAACGUUACUGCUGAUCAAUUUAAGCAAUCAGACUGAUUUCAUAAUCAGUGUUCAAAAUAGCAUGGACAUGAGAUUGACCGUGGAAGAAAACAUAUCUGGAGAAAACUCUUUCAUGCGUGGCCUCAAGAGAUCAGUUUCAUGGGUUGGGAACCGAGCAUCAGAUGAACCAAUGUAUAGAGAGGAGUACCAUUUAACUGCAAAAGAUGGGUACCUUCAAAGCCCAACCAUGGUUCUUAAUGGAAUCCCGUUAGAGCUUACAGAAGAUGAAAACAUUCCGAAUCUGGACCCUGUCCGUCUUGAUUUGAAUUCUCCUUUAUACAUCAAUCCUUUGUCGAUUUCGUUCAUAGUAUUCCCAAACUUCGAUGCUCCAGCUUGUGCGUAAAUCUUUGAAGCAGAAUUCGAGCAAUAAACUUCACCUUGUUGUAUAUGAGAUUGCAAGGCAGUGAUGUAAUGAUGUGAGCUUAAGGUAAUUGUAAUUAUUGCAGGUGAUAUAUAGUGAUAAUAAAUUGUUCAUCAGAACAUAUAGCUUAAACUUUUUAUCUCGAGAAUAAAUUGUCUCUUGCAUGUA